AUGGUGCCGGCCGCGAUGAAGCUGCUGUCACUGAUCGCGUUUGGCGUUGCACGGGUGAUCGGCUCAAAACAGGGACAAAUCGGACAAUGUUUGGACAAAUCACCAUAUUGCAAUGCGAACGACUGCUCGGUCCGGCCGGGGUACGCCCUCCAGUUUUGCCGGAAAACUUGCGGCGACUGUGGCGACUUUUGCGAAAACUCGGUGUACGUUUCAUGUAAAGAAGAGCGCAAAGCGGAAUGUCAGGAGAUGCUCAAGAGAUUUGAACAGCCAGAUGGUGAUGGGGCUGAGCGGCCCCUACACACCACAAUAAUUCCGGCGAUCACGAAAAAGAUGAUCCGGAAGAAGCCGAAAAAGGAGAAGCCCAUCAAUCCUAUUAUUUUGAAUACAGCCGAGCCGCCGACGACUUUAAAAGAACCCGAGCCGGUGCUCGCCGAAAGCACCCCGAUCAGGUUUGCGCGCCCACAGAAGGUGUUUCCGCUCACGACCGAGAUUACGAGCGAGCCCACCUCCGAUGACCCGAUGCCAUCACACCAUCAGCCAGAUGGCGAUCACGAGACGUUGAACGAGCCGCAUGCCUGGGCACAGUCUACGAAUGACUAUCGGAAAAUGUCCGAACUUGAGCAGCUCGAGGAGGAGAACACGGAUUGGGCCCAGGAGGAGCUGAUGAACGUGUUGUCCUGGACCGCGACGCAUACGCGACGCGUGCCAAUGACCUACCCGACAAUGGUUCCAACAUUUACCCCGGCACACCCGAUCGGACCGGAAUGGCGCUUCACCGAUUCUCCCUACCACCUGUCAGCCCGUGGCCGACACGUAGAACUGGAGCCCCAGGAGGAUACGGGCGCCGUUGAGCGUUUCGACGCCUACUCGGAUGACGCUGAGCCGGAGCAUGAGACACGGAAUUAUGGGAGGAAGGCGAGAAAGUCGGAGAAACCGAACGGAGAGAUCUCGGCCCCCUCACCAGCCACCGGAGUCGACCAGUCGCAUAUGCGGGUGAUGGAUCUGAUCACGCUAUUGGGCUGCCGAGAUAGAGACGUCACAACGUGUGCCCAUAUCAGCGAGGAAACCUGCCGAACGAGGCCUGGGUAUUAUUUAAAGCUGUGCCCGGUAAAGUGCAAGAAUUGCAAUGGCCUCCUCUGCUACGACUCGGAGAAAAUCGACUGCGCUUCGGUGAAGAAGAAGGGCGGAUGUAAAAAACAGCGAGCCACCGAGUAUUGCCCUCGAACGUGCGACGCUUGCCCGACGAUGCCAGCGUUUUUGGAGGGCCUCUCUCGUUGCAAGGACGAGCUGGAAACGUGCGAGCAGCUGGCGACGACCGGCGUUUGUGACCAUCCCUAUAGCCAAUCGGCGAUGCGGAUGUACUGCGCGAAGAGCUGCGGCUUCUGCAAGGACGCCACGUAUUAUAUGACGGAAGCGCCGCAGAAAGACGAGCAGAAGCUGCCCGGG